AUGGCGACUCCGAUGGUGGGCGGGCCCUUGCGCAGCGAGGGCCGAAAAUCCACAUAUACAACCACGGCACUCAAGCGAUGGUCAUGCCAAAGUGCCGACGAACUACCUGUAUUCUCGAGUCCCCUUCCUAACCCUCAGCUAUGGAAUGGCCCGACGAUUGGCUUUCUUUCUACCUACGAAUGUUUUGCCAAUGGAGGUUGGUGGCAUGACCCCAACAUCCUUGCAGCGACCGGACAGGGGAUGGAAAUUGAGGAACGUAAAGCGUGGAAAGGAUGGUGGAAUGAGCAAAUAGUACAAUUGGUGGAACUCAGCAUGCAGCAAAAGGAUGCGCUUACUGUUCUGCUCACUGGGCGAGCAGAGGGUCCAUUCGAAAACAUCAUCAAACGGAUGAUCAAGAGCAGAAAACUAGUGUUUGAUCUAGUCUGCCUGAAACCUGAAGUCGGUCCCAAUAGCCAGCGGUUCUCUUCGACCAUGAACUUCAAGCAAACUUUUCUGGAAGAUCUGGUUACCACCUACAAACAUGCCGAUGAGAUCCGAGUUUACGAAGAUCGCGUUAAGCAUGUUAAAGGCUUCCGCGAGUAUUUUGAAAAACUCAACCGAGCUUUACAACCCGGGCCACCCUCUGCUCCACGCAAACCUAUCAAUGCCGAAGUUAUUCAAGUUGCUGAGGAGGCUGCUUUCCUCCCUCCAGUCACCGAAGCUGCUGAGGUUCAACGGAUGAUCAACUCCCAUAACAAGAUUCUAACCUCAACGUCUGGUAAUACUACCAAGUCACCUUACGGGCGACUAAGAAUUAAGCGCACAAUCUUUUUCACAGCAUAUCUUCUGUCCAACACAGAUUCCUCUCGUAUCAUCACUUAUGUUUUAAAUCCAUUGAUACCCCCGAAUAUGUCUGAUUCGACUGAGAUUAAAUACUUAGCCAAUGCAAUCCUGAUCACUCCUCGCCCACCAUCAAAGUCUAUCAUUGAUAGAGUAGGCGGAAUGGGGAAAACAGUGCGCUGGCGAAUCACCGAUACAGGAGUUUUUGAAAACAAACUCUGGGCCGCUAAAGUGACGCCAGUUCUGGACUCGGAAAUCAUUUACACCGAAAACCCAGAACCGAUCAUGGUCCUUGCCAUGCGCAAGAGCGCACGACCCACGGACGCUGGCCGGAUCCGUAACUGGCAACCCGUCAUAGAGGAUAACGCCCUCGUCUUCGACGCAACUGUCGGACAAAAAAUGGCGUUGAUGAUCGAAGAGGAACACCCGGGCGACGGUGAGUGGGAGACGCUACCGAAAAGCAACAAUAAGCGCAGGCUUGCCCAGCAGAAUCUUCGGGAAGAUGAAGGCGCGCCGCUGCCGGCGUACUUACGGGAGGGAGAUGGCAAUAACAGGGCAACUAGUCCAAAUACUUCUAACUAUGCGAACGCGAGUAUGGCUCCUUCCAGCAUGCGGGACCGCGAGCUUGGAUCGCGUAAUUACCCGCCACACCCCCAUCCCCAUACACAUUCGCAGACACAUCCUCAUGCACCACAUGGACCUGGUGAUGCUCAUCGAGAAUACUCACCUUAUCACAGCCGGAACAAUCCCCCCUAUCCACGCCAUCCUGGCGAGGGCGGGGGCGGCGGCAGCGGUGCAGGCGGAGGUAGAUAUUACGGAGACGAAGGUGGACCGCCUCCUCGUCGCGGUGGCGGUGCGGGUGCUAAUUAUCGGGGAAGUCGCGGACGUGGACGAGGAGGGCGGGGCCGGGGACGUAGCCGUGGAGGAGGUGGCCGAGAUGGUGCCUCUGGUUCCCAUCAGUACCGUUCACUGGAUGAUCAUGUCGCGGGCGGUUCUGGCAGUGGAGGUGGGUACGAGGGACCGGGGACCGGGGAUGAGAGGGGUUACAGAGGGGGUGGGGGUCCUGUUAUGAAUUAUUGAUAUAUUCGGUUAUCAGUUGUUCCUAAAUUUUAAGAGGUUUGUUUUGCGUUUCCUCUUUCUUUUUUUUUCUUUUCACUUUUUCAUCUCCUUUAUACAUUCCUAUGGACGGCUCUUGCUAGGCUUUUUUUUUUCUUUUCUUAUACGUUUGGCAUCUCCGUGUUUAAAUACUACAGCAUCUUUUUAAUUUCAGCUUAAAUUUUUUUUUCUUUUUCCCCUCUAAAUUGAGGAUGAGCUUGUAUGGAAUAAUGAAUCUCAUUUUUCUCAG